GUCUCACAAACUUUGCUUCUUGGGGCUGGCUUUGAACCACAGCCCUCUCAGAUCUCAACCUCCUGAGAACCUAGGAUUACAAAAGUGAGCCACGGGUGCCCCGCUUUCCUCGGGUCAUUCUAAUACUGCUGUUUGGCUGGCUUGCCAGUCAGGUUAAGGAUCUGGUUUCAGACAUUGCUCACUUCAGAGAUGCACACGUGAAGUGCACACUGUUCUUGCAGCUUAAUCUACAGAAAGCAUACUUCUUUUCCAUGAGCAUUUGUGCUUGUAGGUGAAGUGAAUGCAUCUGAUUGUCAAUCCAAGCAGAUGAUGUCACCUGGGAAGCAUCUGCAAAUGAGGUUUGCAAAGCAGGAUGGCUAAGAGUGAUUAGUCUCGUUGGUUACUGUUGGAUGGUAUGAGGGUAGGGAUAACUAAAUUUUCCUUAGUAAUAACUAACAUCCCUGUUGAUCUGGUCAGUUUGCAAAGUAUUUUUUCAUAUCACCUGACCACAUUUUCAUUCUUCCUUCCCCUGUGCUUCUGGCCACUUGACCUCUAGUUACAUUUUUCCAGAUUGCCAAAGGGGCAGUCAGAAACAUCAACAGAAAAGUCCACACCAAACAGCAAGCCUGACGCCAGCAAGGCCCUAGAGGUCAGGCUGAAAGGAAUUUCCUCAUCCUUGUGCUUAGCUCCGGACCUAAUCAGAAGAGGUGGGUGGUGGAGCAGGCCAAGGACCUGGUGGCCUCUGACUUGCAGGGAGACAGUUUCUUGAAUUUUACAACUAAAGUAAGUACCUCAAUCCCCUAACCCUAAUUCUAAACCUGACCAGAAUGAGAAGAGAGAUUGUGCCAAACAGAGGCCACACCUUCAUGUUUGGACUAGGAGACAAAAUGUCAUCACAUUUAGUGUCAUCAACACUGAAUUUGGGAGGUAACGCAAGAAAAGACGCAGGCAACAAGGACAAGCCUUACAAGGUCUUUGUCAAAGAUCUGUUUCUUUUCAAAGAAAAUGAAUUGGCAGCCAAGAAAAAGGAGAAAAUUUUGAACCAAAGCAUGAAAGUCCACGAGAAGACCACUUUCUCCUCCCGAAUGAAGAGCCGGUCACACUUGAGCAAGCUGGCUUAUUACACUGAAAAAGGGGGUUCAUUGGAAGAUAUGGAGCUAGAUCCAACUCUCAUUCUCAGAUUGACAGAAGGUGCAGAUGCAAAAAGGACUCUCUUUGACUUUAUUAGUGACCAGAGAGGCAGGUUUCUACUUGAGUACGCUCUGGCAACCAAAAAAAAUACGAUUAAAAAGCUUGAUAAAUGCAUGACAACGAAGGAAAAUCAACUGAAAAAAGCAGAGAAAAAGCUCCAGGAUGAUGCAAUGGCCUUUGAGGAGUUCCUUCGAGAAAAUGACCAGAGAUCUGUAGAUGCUCUCAAAAUUGCGGCUCAAGAAACGCUACACAAACUCCAAAUGACAGCUGAGCUGAAGAAAGCAAACAUGGAGAUGCAGAUGGUAAAAAGUGACAUAGCAAAAACGGAAUUCCUUCUUAGGGAGUACAUGCAAUAUGGACAUUUUCUGUUUAAAUUAUCUCCAAAACAUUGGCAGAUACAACAAACGCUAAAAAAAAGCCAGGCGGCAAAAAGUACCACUGCUCUUCCAAAAAUAGUACCAAAAAUCACAGUAAGUUCACAUAAAAAACACCACCGGGUGGACGGAUCUGAGAAGACAUCUGAGAAGACAUCGUCAGAUGAAUAUUCGACAGGAAAAGUGAGCAAAGGAAAGCAACGCAAGAAGUCCAUUUACAUCCCAGAGCCCAAGAAAUCGUCCAGCCGGCCUGAUAGUAGCAGCUCUGAAGACAGUAUAGAUCUCUUUUUAGAUGGCUACAUUAACUUUACUCUGGAGCCAGAGAUUUAUUUCAAGGAACCAGAAGAGCUACUUCAAGUCCUCACAGAGCUGGAAGAGCAGAAUCUUAAUUUGGUUCAAUAUUCCCAGGAAAUAGAUGAAAAUCUGGAAGAUGUCAACAGAAGAGAAAAAAUCUUACAGGAUAAGAUAAGUUCCAAUGUCACCUUCCUGCUGGAGCACAAGGAAAUGCUCAAGGCCCAGUGUAUGAGAGAGGAGGAAAAAGCAGCAGAACUGGAAUUGAGAUCCAGGCUCUUCAAUUUUGGAGAAUUUAAUUCAGAUACUCAGGUUUGUGGCGAUUCUCAUCUUGAGCAGAACCAGGAAGUGGGGCAGAAUACUCCCUGGAGAAUGAUUUGCUUUGCCCAGCAGUUUCUUGAGACCCUCUUAGCAUCGGAAGCCAGUUGUACAAAGGAUAAGGAUGAGAACAAGAACAAGGAUGAGAAUGGUUUCGUCCCGAAAUAUGUUACUGCCACGCUCAAGAUACUCCAUGGACAGUUAAAACAGCGCAGUGUCGAGGAAAAACUGAUACAGUCACUUAGUAAAAAAAUUAAUCAAGUAUAUACUAUAUGCAUCGGAGAUGCUGAGGUUGGCAGCAUGACGGCAGUUCAGAAGCUGGUCAAAGUAGAGAAUCGCCUGGUGGAACUGAGUGAUCUCAUCGAGUCCAUUCCCAAAGAAAAUGUGGAGGCCAUUGAGAGGAUAAAGCAGAAGGAGAGACGGCAAAAGAUCCGUGAUGAGAAAAUGAGAGAAAAACAACUCCACCAAGAGGAAAGGUUAAAGGCUGCUCUGCAAAGAGCCGUAGCACAACCCAAGAAAAAGUUGGGAAGACGACUCAUCUACCGCUCAAAACCUCCAUCAGCUAACAAAGAGCAAGUAGUUCUGGUCACUGACUUAAGAGCAAAAACACUGGAGGAUGAGUAUUUUUUUAGUUGAAUAGGAGCAGCAAGAUUUUUGAUACCAAAUUUCUCAGAUUUUGACUUUGACUAAUGGCAGAUCCUGCCACAUACACUGUCCUAAUUCAAGGAAGAUAGACCCUAAGCCUAAAGGUUUAGGAUUGGAGUUAUUUUCCUUCUUUUGUUGAAGCUUCCUAUUAUUCUUAAGUAUUACUCCAUAUAGCUAGACAUCUGUCUAUUUUGACUUGUCCAAGUUGGGGAUAUACCUCUAUAGGAAAUGACCAUUAAGAUGUAAUGUGUUUUGUCAACUGGACUAAAGGGAAGUUCACCAGAUGCCGUUAGCAGAAUGUAAAUCAUUAAGAGUGUGCAACUCUCUACUUGCUUUGGCAGCACACAUACUGAAAUUUGAACGAUUCAGAGAAGAGUAUACAACUCUAAAAGUCUCAAGAGUUCUUCUGAUAAUUAAUGGUAUCAGAACAUAACCCUAAGACUAUUUUUAUUUCACAAUAAGUUCUGUUCAGAAGAGUAUCUCUUAAGUGAACAAAGCACAGGCCUUGAGCCUGAAUGUCAGGUCACUAUUUCUAUUGUGUCCUAUGUUCACAUUUUAAUUUCUAGGUAAAGUUUCAACUUUAGCUAUGUUUAACCUAUACUGCAUGUAAUUUACUAUUAAGAAAUGUUUAACUUUAUACAUGUGAAAAGUGGCUCAAAAACCUUAAAAUAGUUGCUUUUAAAAGGUUUCAGUAAAUACAUAAGGGCUGAAAUCCACUUUCACAAGGAU